AUGUCUUCUGUGGAUUUGCAACUGGUGAAGAAGGGUUUGGACUAUACCCGAAAAAGAAAGAAGUGGGCUUUUGUAUUUGCAGCUUUGGGUUUUACCAGUUACAGUGUAUACAAGGUUUAUCACUCACCUUCUGUGGUUAGGAAGAGGAAGAGGUUGUCGAAACUGUUUAGUGCUCUAAUUUCUGUUGCCGAAAUGGUGUUCGAUUCCGCUGAGGCUAUAGGAGUUGUCGCCAAAGAUUUAAAAGAAUUUAUACAAUCAGACUCUGACCAAAUUCCCAAUAGUUUGAGACAAAUCUGUAAGAUUUCACGAUCAGACGAGUUUUCGGAAUCUCUGAUUAUGAUUACAAGGGCUUUAACUGUGGGAAUUUUGCGAGGUUAUCGGUCUGAAGUGAAAAAAGGUGGUGAUUCCAGGUUCUCUGACCGGGUUUUGGACAAACUCUUUACCCCAGCUGGGUCUGGUUUUGCUUCAGUAGUUGUUGGGAGCUUAGCCAGGAACUUGGUUAUUGGUUUUUAUUCGGAAAGGCAAUAUGGUGGAGGAUCAAAAUUGAAUGGUUUCACAAAUGUUGAGAACUUUGAUUUGGAAUCCCCAACUGUUCCAAGAUGGGUUGAUGUGGUAUGUGGCGAGAAGUGCAGAGAACUUAUUGGGGAUUGCAUCCAAGUGAUUGUGAGCACCGCGGUUACUGUUUAUCUUGACAGGACAAUGAAUAUCAACACCUAUGAUGAAAUCUUUUCGGGGUUGACUAAUCCCAAGCAUGAAACGAAAGUGAGAGAAAUGUUGGCAGCAGUUUGCAAUGGUGCAGUAGAAACUCUUGUUAGAACUUCUCACCAAGUCCUGACAAGUCCUAAUUCAAAUUCGUAUUCCUCUUAUUUACCUGUUGAUCUUCAACAAGGUCUGAAUUGUGUUAAGCAGACACUCGAUAGGCAAGAAUCCAUAUCAAUUGAAUUGAAAGCAAGAAAAUUAUUUGAUAAGAAUCAGAGUAGUGGGUGGGUGAGUAAGAUGUCUUCUACUCUGGCAGUGCCGAGCAAUAGGAGGUUUGUUCUUGAUGUAACCGGCAGGGUAACUUUUGAGACGGUUAGAUCUUUCCUGGAGUUUUUGGUGGAAAAGAUUUCUGAUGCUUUGAGAAGAAGUCUUAAUGUUUUUCAUGAGGAGGUGGUCGACCGGGGACUCGAAUUUUACAGAUAUUUCAAUGCAAAAACUUCUACUGUUGUUACUAUUUGUGUUUCCUUGUGUUUGCACAUAUUGAAUGGUCCUUGGGAUUUCGUUCCAACUUGA